AAAUGUAAAAAUUUUAGUAUUGAAAUGGUAAAUAUGAAAAUGAUUGUUUUUUUUAUGCUUACCAAUAGUAUGAAGUGAUUUGUGUACGAAUUGAGCUAAAGAGAAAUUAUUCAUUAGCACGUUAUGAGCUUUGGAGAUUUGGACUUUAGUACAACGCGUCGGCUUGUGGUCAUAGUUAUAAUAUUGCUUACUAUAUUAUUUGCUAAAAGAAUUUUAUUCGAGGACGAUAUAGAAAUUAAUUAAUUUCCAGUUCAUUACUGAAGGCAUAUAUUUUAAAAAUGACCACAUCUACUAAUCGUCGAGUAUCGUAUUUCUACAAUCCAGAUGUAGGGAAUUUUCAUUAUGGUCCUGGGCAUCCAAUGAAACCACAUCGCUUAUCUGUUACUCACAGUCUAGUUAUGAACUAUGGACUACAUAAAAAAAUGAAAAUAUAUCGGCCUUACAAAGCUAGUGCGCAAGAUAUGCUCCGAUUUCAUAGUGAAGAAUAUAUAGACUUUCUACAGAAGGUCACUCCACAAAAUAUCCAGUGCAAUACCGUGGGUUACACAAAAUAUCUAUCCCACUUUAGUGUUGGAGAAGACUGCCCCGUAUUUGAUGGAUUGUUCGAAUUUUGUGCAAUGUACACGGGAGCAUCUUUAGAAGGUGCCCAAAAGUUAAAUCAUAAUCAUAGUGAUAUUUGCAUAAAUUGGUCAGGCGGAUUGCACCAUGCAAAAAAAUUUGAGGCAUCCGGUUUCUGCUACGUUAAUGAUAUAGUGAUAGGCAUUCUUGAACUACUAAAAUACAAUCCUCGAGUUUUGUAUAUUGACAUUGAUGUGCAUCAUGGCGAUGGAGUCCAAGAAGCAUUUUAUCUCACAGAUCGCGUUAUGACGGUGUCAUUUCAUAAAUAUGGUAACUAUUUCUUUCCUGGUACUGGUGAUAUGUAUGAAAUAGGAGCAGAAUCUGGUCGCUACUACAGCGUAAAUGUACCUUUGAAGGAAGGCAUCGACGAUCAUAGCUAUUUCCAAGUAUUUAAACCAAUUAUUUCUGCUGUGAUGGACUUUUACCGACCAACGGCGAUUGUUUUGCAAUGUGGAGCAGAUUCACUGGCUGGAGAUCGACUAGGAUGUUUUUCGCUUAGUACACGUGGACAUGGAGAAUGUGUAAAGUUCGUUAAGGAAUUAAACGUACCCACCUUGGUAGUGGGAGGUGGGGGAUACACUUUGCGUAAUGUCGCUCGUUGCUGGACUCAUGAGACGUCCUUACUUGUAGAUGAGAGUAUACCAAAUGAGUUACCAAUGUCGGAAUAUCUGGACUUCUUUGCACCUGAUUUUACACUACACCCGGAUGUAAACUCACGUCAAGAGAAUGCCAAUUCCAAACAAUAUUUGGAAUUGAUAGUAAAACAUGUUUAUGAAAAUUUGAAAAUGUGUCAACAUUCACCAAGCGUACAAAUGAUACAAGUUCCUCCGGAUGUCAUUGAUAUGGAGGAAGUGCGAGUAAAGGAAGAAUCUGACCCAGAUGUACGUAUAUCACAAGCUGAAGAUGACAAAAUGGUGGAGCCGAAAAAUGAAUUCUAUAGUGGUGAUGCGGAUCAAGACAAAGGGGACACGGCCGAGAGUUAAUAUACAAUAUUUUUCCAAAACAUAAGGCAAAUAAUAAGGCAUUGAGUGUAAUCAUAUUCUGUUUGCUUUUUAUAAAAUAUGUCAGUGUAUGUACUAGAGUUAUGAAUAGUAAUUAAUUAGAUUUUUUUUAAUUUGGUACAAAAUAAAAAUUAAAAUACUUAAUAUA